UCGUAAAAACUUCCGGCUGUUACCGCAUAUCGGUAAACAUUCCUCUGCGCAUCGAGGGUGUUAGCUCGCUCACCUGUGAUCUCAUUUUUUUAAAAUUUCUCUCCAUCAAGUUACAAUUUCUUUUUGCGCUUGUUUUUCUGUUUUUGGAUUGAUUGGGUGUCAGAUCUGAAUGAGGAUUAUAUUUCCGGUUCAAUUUAACGAUAGCCCCACAGGCUGUGAUAUUUGAUUCUUCUCCUCCUAACGUACAUGUACAUGCGUGUGUAUUAGAAAAUGACACUUUGUUGGACGUCUGUUCAAGCCGUAUCCUAUUGAUCGAGCUGUGCAUUUUUCUUUUCCCCAGCGUACAGGACAUGCGUUUCUAUCAUAUGACAAUGAAACUCUUUAGAAAGAGGUUGGGAGAAUAUGUCUUGCCUCGAAACUGGCCCUGAUUUUCUUUUUAGCUGGAUAUUACAGUCGAUUUAUAAAUGAGACAAAACGAGCCAGGGGAGAGCGAUGAGGACGUGUUUCGUAGGGCUUCGGACAAGUCGGCGAUUCUGGAAAUGUGGCAUGAUGUUAUCGUCUGUGAUUAUAGUGAUAGAGGUGAUUCGGAUAUUUGCAAUUAAGCAUGUGCAGAUGUGUGCAGUUCCUCAAGCCCCUGUGGACAUGGAGACGACCACCAGGGCAACCCCGAAUAAUUAUUCUUUCCCUCUGGAGAUAGACUUCCAUGAGCUGUUGGCAGACAUUGAGGCCGAUCGUCCAGUUUCGGUGCAACCCAUAAAUGUUCAUCAAUUUAGUUAUAUAUCUAAUCCGAAAAACAUGUGCAGAGUGAAUGAUCUACGACAUAGAUGGAGCUUAGAUGGAAAGGGAAAACCAUUUUUUCUUUUAAUUCUCGUAAAGAGUUCCAGGAAAAACUUUCAUUUGCGUCAAACUAUCCGGUGGAAAACGAAAGAAAGGAGAUUCAAAAAAUGGAGAAGACGUGUUCGAAUAGUUUUUCUUUUAGGGUUUUCAUUUAACGAAAGCAACAGCGAAAUAGCAAGAGAAAGUGAUAUUUUUAACGACAUUGUACAAGAGGAUUUUCUUGAUACGUAUAGGAACCUAACAUAUAAGACUGUCAUGGGCUAUAGAUGGGCGACCAAAUAUUGCUCAGUUGCUACGCACAUUCUUUUCCAAGAUGACGAUUUUCAUUUCAACGUAGCGAACGUCUUUUACUUUCUUCGUUUGCAACAGGACACGGAUUCUGUGUACAUAGGGCAUUAUAUUGAGGACUCGCCCCCAGACAGACACAAUGAUAGUAAAUAUUACAUGACGUAUGACGACUACCCCCACCCUUAUUUCCCGCCCUAUUUCCCUGGGGGUGCGUAUUUUAUCAGCAUGACCAUUGCCCAGAAGUUUGUGAAAGUGUUCCCUUAUGUCAAGCACAUAGCAAUUGAUGACACAUUCUUGGGAAUUGUGGCUUAUAAACUGAACGUCACUUUGCAUGAUUCAGGUCUGAUUGCGUUUGGUGGGUGUGAAAAUUUCACGGAGAUUAUUUCGUGUCGCGGGUAUAUCAAUGUACAAGAGGUAUUCAGCGGAUGGAAGGAGUUCUUGCAAAAUCUGGGCAUUUUCAAAACGAAAUCAGAGUUUUUCUCCGUCGAAGACGCUACGUUUGAACCUAUUCAUUUACAAACUCAGUCAAAAGGUCUACCUACAAGUUAAUGACAGCUUAUUUAGGAACACUGACAAUCGAAUGCUAUAGAAUGAGGUUAAUAAUAUACUCGUAACAUUUAAAUGUCCACCAAGGACAAGUGUCGUAUAUCACUUGUUACACUCGGCGACAAAAUUAGUAAGCCCUCGUAUCAUAUAUCAGACUCUUAUUGGGAUUCUAGUGUGAUCGAUUGAAAUCAGGGAAAUGUGACCCCCAAAUAUGAUGACCUUAAUUGAUUCACCCUUUAUCACAGAUGGUGCUAGAUAUUUUUGGUGUAUUUAUUAUUUUUGUGGGGCUGGCGAGGUGUUGUACACAAUACCCAUGACCCAAAAGCUCUACGUUAAGUAUUACAUUUGCAUGGUCUCUCUCUCUCUCUCUCUCUCUCUCUCUCUCUCUCUCUCUCUCUCUCUCUCUCUCUCUCUCUCUCUCUCUCUCUCUCUCUCUCUCCUUUUGGUUUAUCAUUCAUAAACUCGGUCCUUUGACAUAUACGGAUAUAUAAAUGGACCUUAUAGAAUAUGUAGCCCUUGGCAUUGUGAAUGUAGGGACUAAAGUAUACAUAGAGCCACUAGUAUAGAUGUUGAAUUAUGCGUUUACCUGGUGUUUGUGAGAGGAAAGGCAAAGAGGUGAAUCGGUUGAAAGGGAUCACUCCUCGAUUAUUUACGCUAUAUCUAAUAAUUAAAAAAAAUAUAACUUGCUAGUAUUUUCUCUUAAUACUUGAAUAAAAAGAGAGUCGGUGUAAUAUAUUGUCCAAAUAAGUUUUAUGUACAACAAAGGGAUUUACUACAGUGUUUAUUGGUGUCCAAAUACAACUUUAACUAUUGUAAUUUCAAGUUUAAAAAGGUGACUGCCCCGGCAUUUUUUCUCAACGACAUAGAUUACCCAUGCCUGUGAUAUACUUUUACUUGGUCCUGCUACAUGUAUGCGUAGUCGCAGAAAUCUAACCCGGAUAUUGGAAAGGGGUGUGUCCAGGGAUUAUAUUGCUUACUUAACAUUGGUAACUUUACUACUAUUAUGUGAAUUAAAAAAAAAAGGAAUUUCUAAGGGACUAUACCCACCCACUCCUUCUACAUAUGCGCAUGGUUUUUUUU